CUGAACCGGUCGCCGUUGCCGGGUGGUCGCAGCAACUCGACAGGGCUGACUGGAUUUCCCUCGGCUGGACCGUCGACCAGCACGGCUGUAGGAAUCGGGACUGCCUCAGCUGGGAUGGAGGGGUCGCGCGCCGGAGGUGGUCCCCGCUGUUUUUCUUGCGGCGAGGCCGGCCACCGUCAGUCCGCCUGUCCCCGCCGCAACAGCUCUCGGGCUCUACUGGCAGAUGACUUUGACGGCUCGGCGGAGGUAGCUUAUGAUGGACCGCCAAAGUUUGAUGUCGAGCCAGACCCGGAGGAGGAACAUCUGUGUGGUGACGAGGGCCUUGCUUUGGGAUCGGCCAAAGGUAGUGAACCAGCGGUCUCUAUUGGCGUUGAUGUGGGAUAUCUGCCUGUGACGAGUCCGAGGAGGAGAGGCCUGAAGCGCAGAGCAAAAGGAUCAACAAGUGCGUCCAAAUGCAGCAAGAAGGGGCCUUCUGAUCAGGAUCAUGGAGAUCGUCAUGAUGAGAGAGAGGGGGAUCGCCCGAAUUCUGCGGUGGAUGACCUUGAGCAUGGUCUGACGGGCGAUCUCCAUGAGUCCCAAGAGGUGGACGUCCACAGAGGAGAUUAG